CCCAAACGAAGCUGCUCUUCGUCCCUUUUGCACAUCAACAUUCUCCUGACGGUCAAGCUCGCUCGUCGCUUUUUCGAUCUUGAUGAUGGCGAUCGUCGAGGGCUUGUGGCGGACAGCGCUGGCGUUGAUGAGCGCCUAUGUCACCGUGACAGUGGUGGAAGUCUUCACGAAUCCUCUUCGUAGCAUACCAGGGCCAUGGUACUCUCUAUGGACGGACAUUGUGCUCAAGUAUUACAUUCUUCGAGGACAAAAAGCCCGCUAUGUACAGGCGUUGCAUCAACGAUAUGGCCCAGUAGUGCGCAUGAGCCCCGAGCAGGCCGACAUUUGUGAUCUUGCAGCGCUGUCCCAGAUUGGGCGGGCUGAGUUCCACAAGACAGCGUACUACAAGACAAUGACCAUUGAUGAGGACAACGUCUUCAACACGGGCGAUCCGGCCUUGCACCGGCGGCAGAGGCGCCUGCUGUCCGCGCCGCUGAGCGAGAGCGGGCUUAAGAGCGUCGUCAAUCUCGUCGACGAGAAGGUCAAGCUCGCGAUGCAGAGAAUCGACGAGGAGAUGACGACUGGGCGCGGAGAUGGCGCGGCGGACGUGAUGAAGUGGACCGGCUUCAUGGCAACCGAUACCAUUGCCGAGUUGACGUUUGGGGAGUCGUUUCAGAUGCUCGAGGAGGGAAGGAAACACCAGUACUUUCGUGACAUGGAGAGCGCAGCUCCCGUUCUAGCCCUGCGCGCCUUGUUCCCGUUCUUCCGCAAGAUGAUGAGCCUGGGCGUCCCAGUUCCGGGCGCCAACAAGGCGAUGCUCAUGAUGCAGCGACUGCGGGCCGGCGCCGAGGACCGACUGGAACGGCACCGCCAUCGCGUCGAGGAGGAGGAGGCUAGAGGCGCCCCAGUACCAACCCCGACACUAUUCACGAAGCUGCAUGACGCAACAGGCGGCGAGAAGGGCCUCACACAGGAAGAGAUUCUGAGCAAUGCCCAGCUAUACCUCGUGGCGGGGAGCGACACGACGUCCAACGUCCUGACAUAUGUCAUUUGGAACCUAUGCAAGCGACCCGAGGUCAAGGAGAAGCUACUCGCCGAGCUACGCAGUCUGCCUGGCACGCAGGUCACUGCCGGCGGAGCGGAGAUCCAGGUCGACUACCAAGAGCUCCGCUCGGCAGCAUACCUCAACGCCGUCAUCGACGAGACGCUACGCCUGUACCCGUCCAUUCCCGCCCCGCUGCCCAGGCAUGUCCCGCCCGAGGGCAUGGCGCUUGCAGGACACUGGUUCCCCGGCGGGACUGUGGUGUCGACGCAGGCGUGGUCCUUCCACAUGGACGAAAGCAUAUUUCCGCAGCCGGACAAGUUUGAUCCGGAACGAUGGGAGAAGCCGACCAAGGAGAUGCGCGAGGGGUUUGUGCCGUUCGGGUCGGGCGUUCGCAUCUGCCUCGGCUUACACCUCGCGAUGAUGGAGCUCCGCCUCGCCACCGCGCGCUUCUUUCUCAAGUACCCAGAUGCGAAGGUGUCCGACGCUGACGGCAUGUCCGAUGCGGACAUGGAGCAGAUUGCGUUCUUCAUGGCAUUUCCAAAGGGGAAGCGGUGCUUGAUCCAGGGACGGUGAUUGUUGGCACCCGUGUGAUGUUUGAAAGAACCGACAGGCUGGUGGAGUAGUCCAUGGCUUGGUUGGGAUAGUUCUAGGUGCAUUGAGAACUUGGUUGAGGCGAGAUUCUCCUACUCUAGAGACUGUUCACGUGGGAAAUAAGAGGUGCUUAACUGGCGGGAGCUCCUUUGGAGAUGUGGAAGUAGCCCGCAGCGGCGAAUAUACUGUAAGCAAUAAAA